CUAAAACAACGGAUCGAUUUAUCUGUGAGCGGCUUGUCGUCUCUGAUCUCUCCCUGCAGACGCUAGCUUCCAAACGUUGUAGCUGCGUGAUAAGCCUCAUACACGACCAUGGCCGACCCAAGAAUACGUCAAAUUAAGAUUAAAACAGGCAUCGUGAAAAGACUGGCCAAAGAGGAGAUUGCCUACAUCACCGAGGCCAAGCAGCAGGAGCAGAAGGUCGAGCGCCUGAAAGCAGAGGCAGGUGAUGAUUACGUCAUCAAGAAACAGAUGGAGGUGCUGCAGGAGUCCAGAAUGAUGAUCCCAGACUGCCACCGCCGCCUGGCCAUAGCACACGCAGACUUAGUCCAGUUACUGGAAACAGAAGAGGAUUUAGCUGAAUCAGAGGAGUUCAAAGAGGCGAAGAACGUCCUGGACUCAGUGAAGCUUGAAGGAUGAUUUCUGAUCUGUGUCCGUUCUCACCGUGAGGAUCACUUGCUUAAAAUGUCCAUUCCUUUCUUCAGGCCUUGUUUGGAACCUUGGAGGCAAACUGAAUCUGCUCAGUCUCCGUUCUUGAUGUAAUUAUUUCUAAAGUUUACUGUUAAGGUGCCAGCACGUUGCUCGUGCUCCUCUGUGUGAAAUCCCAUAGGAUUGAAAUGAAGUGGUGGAGCCCUGGGAGGUUUUCCUACAUUUUUAUUUGUGAUACUAAUACACAGUUUGGAGAUAUGAUUAAAUACACACACACACACAAA